GCAUAUACCCCCUGUAACUUCUGAAAUUCUCUGAAAGGCAGUUGGGGAGACAGUUGUGUUGAACACGUUUUAGGGGUAUAUGCCGCGGUUCUCUGGGGAACCGCGGCAUAUUCUCCUAUAUGAAAUUAAUUUAAUGUUCAUUUGAAAUAUUUCGAGGUAUAUGCCGCGGUUGCCCGCUGAACCGCGGCAUAUAGUUUGAAUAUAAUUUCAAAAAUGCCAUUUCUGAUAAUUUUUUAAAUUAGUAUAUGUCGCGGUUGGGGGUUAAACCGCGGCAUAUAACCCUUUUAUACCGCGGUUAAGUAGUGAACCGCGGUAGAUUCCCCCGUUCAGAGUUAAAAAACAAAACUUGGAACAGUGCAUCGUCUUCCUCGCGCGUUCUCUCUGUUUUCGCGUUUCUUCUUCCUCCGAACCACCCUUCAUCUCAGAUUUUGCGUUUUUAACCGUUUAAACUCAAAAUUGUUCGGUCAUUAUUCGUUUUUGACGAUAAAAACGAGUUUUAGCCGUUCAAAAUCGUGAUUUCCUGGCGUUUUUCACCCUCUCCGCCGCCGUUGUGUUGCGUUUUUCACCCUCUCCGCCGCCGUUCCUCUUCCAGGAAUAUGGAUCGAAAUUGGAUUAAUUUACCACGUAUUAGUGCUGAGUACGAGAGAGGUGUAGAGGAAUUUAUACAAUUUGCACAACGUAAUGAGGGGAGAACUGAUGAUGAAGUGAAGUUUAGAUGUCCUUGUGUGAACAUGAGAAUGAUUUUGAUCAUAUCAACAUGAGAAUGAUAAGCAGUUUUCGAAGGGGCAAGAAAAUAUACUUUUUGCCUUAUAUAUCCGGGCGCCAUUGGCAACUUCUUGUUAUGUCUGUACAAGACAACUAUGCUUUGUGGUUCUGCUCAUUGCACAGGCCUCCUCCCACACAACUCAGACAAGCAAUUGAUUGUUCUAUUCCAGCAAGUAUGAUGAUGGACGGGAGAUCAAUUGUUAAGAGUAGAAAGAUUGCUUGGAUUUCUCUCAAGUGUAACAGACAAAAUGGGUCAUAUGAGUGUGGAUACUAUGUAAUGUAUUGGAUGACCCAUAUUGUUCGUUCUCACAUCACAACAAGCUGGGAAACGAGAUUCAAGACUACUACACCAGUUCCUGAGAAGUCACUACUAUUCAUUAGGAACGCUUGUAGUCAACGAAGUGAAGGGGUGGUAACGGCGGGACUCGCGGCGGAGAGAUUUGAAGAGAAACUCAUAGAUGAAAGACUUGCGAACUUAAAACUUGUGGAAACUGACUUGUGA